AUGAGCUUUCACAGUCACGAAGAUUCCAGCCGGUUGAACUGUACAUCGUACAGUACUGGAUCAUCCGUUGGUACACUGCAGUCGCAACUAAGCUUGCGGACUAAUUUUACCCUCGGAUCGUAUCAUCCUUCGCACGUGGGCCCACAGCAUGACAGUGGAUGCAUGCAAAGCGAGGGUUGGUCUGCUAUGGAUAUCCAGCUGCUGAAUGACGAUCACGAGAAGGCGAUACUGAGUGAUCUGUGCAGAACUGCCGGCACGGAAAGUACUCCUUUGACCACAUUCAGCUACAUCAGUGAGUAUAUCUGCUCGAACAAUAUCGACAUAUGGCCGGGAGAGUUAUCAAGUUCGUCAAACAUUGAUGCUAAACGGAGUUGUACGCAACGGAGCACUGGAGAUAUGCGGUUUUACAGCGCCAGCAACACGCAUCGGCAGAUUUAUGACAAAUGUAAACGUGUGCUAGAGUCAAUAAUUGCACGAAACGAGCAAAUACUGCUAGUAUUACGGCAAAACCAAUGCACCAAUAAAACAUUAAAGCGUCUACAUUGA